AAAAAUUCCUUACCCAAAAGACAUGGGCUGCACUUACUCUGCAUGUGCACUUGGAAGAAAGAAAUCUUCAAGCAUCCCUGAAGUGGCGGUCUUUGUUCCGUCAAUCAGAAUUCCAGUACAAAUUGAUCUUCAAAGGGCUCUUAGAGGGGUAAUUCCACGUGAACUAGCCGAUAAAUUGUCAUCCCUUCGAAAUCAGAUAGUGUUGGUGGCAGAGGAUACUGGAGGAUCAGCAAUAGCAGAACUGCAGCGAACUUUGAGAGAAUACUUGGCUGUUCUGAUUGGGCUUACUAAGAAAGAGUAUGGUCUUGAGGGACUGAUCGAGUUCAAGUGGAAGAACUUUGAGGAGGGGCGACAAGAUAGCUGUAUACCUAGUGCUUGGUUUGAGGUGAUCUCUGCGGUUCAUCUCAUGGCAAUGCUGACAUUGUCUGAGGCAGACUCCCUGAUGAUUCCCAAAGACCACUCAAGUUCUGGAAUAAGAGUUGUAUCUUCAGAGAAUAAGAGGGAAGCAGUUGAUUUGUUACUUAAGGCAUCAGGUUACCUGGAGUUUUGUGUCAGGAAUGUUCUUUCUCACAUGCCACACGAGGUCAAGAAGACUUUACCCCCCGACUUGCAGGAUGGUGUCUUGGAAGCUAUUUCCAUUCAAGCACUGGGACAGGUGACUGAAAUUCAGCUUGGUCUUGCUGUUGAGGAUCAGAAGGCAACUUUGUCUGUGAAGAGGAGGUUGGCAUGUGAACAAGUAACCUAUUUUAGUCAGGCUUAUCACUGCUUGUUGGGAUGUGCCUUGAACAAAGGGUAUGGGAAGAAGCAUAUCCGGUUCAUAAAAUGGAAAUUCCUGGAAGCUAAGGCUGCAGCCUAUUACUACCAUGGUCUGAUCCUUGACAAGGGCAAUGAACCAACAAGUCAUAUCGGUGCUGUAUCUUGUUUUCUUGCUUCAGAAGAACUUCUAGCAGAGAGCAAGAAGGCCUGCUUAAGCUUUUGCCUUGCAGCUCCAGUGACCAGGGCUCCUCCCCUCUGGGGCGUUAUGAAGCGUUUGCAUCAGAAAAUUCCUGAAAUUGCAGCAAGCAAGUCUCAGACGCAUGGGCACCUCUUGGAGCGAGAGAAGGGUAUCCAAGAAUUGCCUGAACUACCAGAAUUCCAAUUGUCAUUAAGUCCAGAUGAUUAUGAACUGCCUCAAAUGGAUCCAGCAUGGGAUACUAAAAACUGGGAAACUCUUGGGCAGCCCCUUAAAGAUGGUGCAGAUGAGAUCCCAACCGAAUGAUACACUUAAGUAGCCUUCGCUCUUUCCAUUUGUAGUUGAAUUGAAUGAUCACCUACUUAACAAUGUCAAACACCUAUACGUUAAAAGCUUGCCUCAGAAUGGUAGAUCAGUACUUCAUGACUUCAAUUUCUACGUCAAUCACAAAACUUUUCAACGUUCCUCCAGAAUUUCUGGUGUCGAAACUGCGUCAAAAAAUUGGUUCAAGCGGGUGACUGAUUUUUAUGUUCACGAGCUUUUGCGAUGGUCACCAAUCACCAUCAAGCAUCACCCUAUCUUCUAAGUUAACAAUCAGAAGCAGAACUAACGAAUAUUUUAAGGACACGUAAGGUCCCUUUCGCUUUCUGUAGCUCUCCUCGUUCGGUUGGUGCUUAGUUGGUUUGAUUUGUCUUUUGCAUAAGUAAUGAUAUUUAUUUCCCCUAUCGAUGUCCAGCUUCCAAACAAAAAUGUCAUCUCCCAACAUCAAUAAUGCUACGGUUAUCAGAAUCUGACGAGUUAGAAUGUCUAAAUAAGUUAUCUGAUUCCUGUUUAUAUCGAUUAACUAAACUUAAUCUUCUUCUUCAUAUAAAUCUUGUACCUAUUGACCAAACAAAAAAACUAUGCAUCUGACAAAUGGAUCAUUUAAAGUUUAGCCUCAUCAAGCUGCAAUAGUUUUCAAUAAUUUAGCGGUUAUCUCGCCUGGAAAGAAAAGUUCUCCUAUGGUUACAUGAACUUUGAAAAAGGGAACAAAU